AUGGCAAAAAGUAUUCGAAGUAAAUCGAAAAGGAAGUUCCGAGCCGUCAAACGCACCAAGAGCCUCAAAAAAAUGAAGGACGAACUCCAAAAUAUCGCGAACCUCGAUGUGAAGCUUGUCACCCUGCCGUUUGUAACUCGGAAUGAACUGCUUACUGCCUCUCGACAGGAACCACCUGCGGCAUCUGAUCUGGCGGACCAGGGACAGAAAGAUCAAGCUGAACCCAUGGAGACAUCCAAGGCAGUGUCUAUACGAAACCAGCACGGCAAUUACCCGGUAUGGAUGAACAAACGAGAAAGGAAACGGCAAAUAAGGUUGUACAGAAUGAAAAAGAGGAGUAAAAGACGUUGA